AUGCUUGCCCUCCGCCCUCCGCCCCACGCCGCUCACACUAGAGCUGCCAAGUCGCAAAUUCAGAUACCCAACAAAUCAGCUCGACCUGCUCCAGUUUGCUGUCACACCCGCGCCCACAGCCCCGUCGGCGUGUUGGGCACCGGAGCUAAUGGGAUCAUCAACGACGUCCAUAUGGACACCGUAAAAGCCCCUGGCAUCGCUGAACUCAAGAUGUGGGGGAAGGAGCUCGUCAACUCGCCUGCAGGAAAAUCACCGCCGCCCAGCUCUCCUCGACGCCCUCCGCUCCACUUCACGCGGACGGACGGGAUGCCCCCGCAGCAGCUUCAGGGCGCGCACGGCCGCUCCUUGUCGCCCGGCGCCGCCGAUUUCCACGGUCACCCAGAGACGGCCAUGCAGGGCAGCCAGCAGUCGCUGUCGGGUCAGACGCAGACGGCCCACAUCUUCAGGACUCCGCAACCGGGCCUGAGCGUCGAGAAGCCCAUCACGACGAUGGCUUCACAUCGACCGGCUCACGAUCAUCGCCCGAUCGGCCAGGGAGGCUACGGCCCGGUCUUCUUUGCACGCAAAACGGACACACGCGAGGCAUGCGCUCACAAAAGGAUGAAGAAGCGGACGAUCUUCAACAUGGACAAGGCGACCGGGGCGCCAUUGGGUGCCGCGUCUCAGUGGAAUGCGGGGCUUGAGGCUGCCGCAUCGAUGUCGCGGUGCAUACGCCCAGGCGUGGCCAGCGAGCUUCUCGUCAAGUUGCCGCCGACUGUCGAACUCGUGCUUAGGGAUCUUUGCGACCGUGCGGGGUUGCGCAAGUGA